AUGAAUCGAGCAUUGAUGAGGGGGCCAUUGUGCCAGGCUUGUCGUCAUGACAUUGUUCGCUCAUUCUCGUCAUUCUGCGGCAUAUCAACCCCUCGCCACAGCUUGCCCUCGUCGAGAUAUACUCAUGUGAAUGCCCGGGCCUUUUCUUCAGUGCCUCACCUUCGAUCCGAUAUUUCACCAAAUCCCCUCGAAUCGCAUCCUCCAGCUCCAAGUGAUAAGAAUGUACAGGUCGAUAUUGAGACGCCUGCGCCACCACAGCAUAUUCCAUGGUACUUGCAAGAAGAGACACCAAUUGCCGAAUCGCAAUCAGUAUCCUCGCGAGACCACCUGCCAGAACUGCCAGAGGACCCACCAGCUAUACUCCCUAUUCUUCUCGAAUAUACAUUUAAAGACCUAGGUCUGGACAAUUUGAAAUUGUUUGAUCUGCGGCACCUUGAAACUCCACCGGCCCUCGGCGCCAAUGUGAUCAUGAUCAUCGGUACUGCCCGCAGCGUGAAACACCUUAACGUCGCCGCGGAUCGUUUGUGUCGCUGGCUACGGAGCACUUACAAGCUGAAACCAUAUGCAGAUGGGCUGCUGGGUCGGAAUGAGCUUAAGAUCAAACUUCGACGGAAGGCCCGUCGGGCUCGCAUUGCCAGUCAAUCUGGGGCAAUUGUGGAUGAAAAAGACGAUGGGAUCACUACCGGUUGGAUCUGCGUGAAUGCCGGUGUGGUUGAGGAGGCCCCUGCCGCGGAACAAGAAGAUUUCCAAGGCUUUGAAGGAUUUGGUGCUAUCAAUGCGGGCACUCGAGUGGUGGUACAGAUGUUCACGGAAGAGAAGAGGGCUGAAGUUGAUCUUGAUGGUCUGUGGCAGGGAAACCUGGAUCGGGCUAGGAGACAGAAGCAGCGUGAAUUGGAGGGUGCAAAUGCAUCUGGAGCGGAGAAUGGGGCGACACAGCAGAGCUAG